CCCCCCGGCGGCGCAGGCGGACGCGGCGCAUGGGGCGCGGCGCGGCGGGCGGCGCUCGGCGCUCCCGGCGGGGCAGCGCGGCCGCGGGCGGGACGCGCCGGGCCCGGGGCAGGAAUGCGGGGGGAACCCCGGCCGGGGCCGAGGCGGAGCCCCCCGGGCCCGGCGCCAUCGAUCUGGGGGCGCAGAGCGGGCGCUGGGCCGCCUUCCAGGAGCGGCACCGGCUGAGCUGCGAGGAGGCGGCGCGGCUGCUGCUGGACGCGUAUGAAUACAGGGGUUUGGUGAAGCACACAGGAGGCUGUCACUGUGGAGCCGUCCGCUUUGAGGUCUGGGCUUCAGCAGAUCUGCACGUGUUUAACUGCAAUUGCAGCAUUUGCACAAAGAAACAGAACAGACACUUCAUUGUGCCAGCGUCGCGUUUCAAGCUGCUGAAGGGUGCUGACAAUUUGACAACAUACACCUUCAACACACACCGUGCCCAGCACACGUUCUGCAAGACCUGUGGUGUUCAGAGCUUUUAUACUCCUCGUUCUAACCCUGAUGGUUAUGGAAUAGCUCCCCACUGUCUGGACGAUGGCACCGUGCAGACCAUUAUCACAGAGGACAUCAAUGGCAAGGAAUGGGAGAAAGCAGUGAGGGAACACAAGACCAUCAGAGAGAUGUCAAAACCCUGAACCCUUCCAGCAGCCUUGGGAGCACUGCCAUGGAACUGCAUUCUGGGGUUUCCUGGGUGAUGGUUGGUGAAAUCAAUCUCUACGUUACUGUUACCUGUUCUCUGUUUCUUAAAUAAAUCUUUCUAUGCUGAUUGUCUCA